ACAAGGAUUUAGACCAAUGAAAAAAGAACUCAAACUUUUUCUGGUUUUCCCUCUGAAAACCCCAAAACGCUAAAACCCUAAAAAAACACAGUGAGAAAUGCAAAAUCAUUAGCUCCAAAUAUAGUUUUGCUGCUCGUUUACAAAUUACGAAACCCUAAUUGCAAUUACAUCCGUUUCAGUGGCAGUGAUUACAGAUUGCACAUUAUUAGGGGUAAGUAAAUUCGUUCUUCAUUCUGGUUUCGAUUUCUUUCAGAGUACAACAAAAAUUGAGCUGAUAAAUGAUUAUUUAUACCCACCUAUGCAAAUCACUACACCAUCUGAAAUGUGUUGGUAGAAUUUCACCAUUUUUAUCAUCAUUUAAUUCUAUUAGAUGCAUCUCAUGCAAUGCAAGUGAUGAUCAACACUCUUUUGUAGUUACUUAUCUCACUAACAGUUGCGGGGUUUCGCCAAACUCGGCUCUUUCAAUUUCUAAGUCUCUUAAUUUCAAAACCUCGGACCAACCGGACUCUGUUCUUGCCUGUCUCAAGAAAAAUGGUUUCUCAAAACCCCAGAUUUUGAAGAUCAUACAAACUCGGCCGACAGUUCUUUUAUCGAACCCGGAAAAAACCCUUUUACCCAAAAUUGAAUUUUUUCACUCGAAAGGAUUUUCAAGCCUAGUCACUGUUAAAGUGCUAUCUGUAUGCCCUCAAAUUUUACACUCUAGCUUGGAGAAAAGAUUGAUUCCGGCUUUUAGUGCCAUCAAAAGUAUUCUUCGGGAUGAUGAUCUUGUAAUUCGUGCUAUAACACGCAGUCCAAAUAUACUACUUUCUCAUCUGUACUUUUAUGUCAUACCUAAUAUCAAAAUUUUGCGUGACAAUGGAUUUCCGGAAUCAAGUAUUGCUUGGUUUCUUGUAUAUCACCCUAGGGAUUUAUUUACAAGCUCGGAUAGUUUAACUAAGAGUAUAGAUAAAGUGAAGGAAUUAGGGCUUAAGCCAUCUCAAAAGAUUUUUUCUAUUGCCAUCCAAGUAAUGAGGUCGCUCAGCAAAUCUGCUUGGGAAAGGAAAUCUGAUAUCUAUAAGAAGUGGGGUUGGUCUGAGCUAGAGAUUCUUGCUGCUUUUAAGAAGUUUCCAGGGUGUAUGGCAACAUCAGAGAAAAAGAUAACGGCAAUGAUGGACUAUUAUAUCAACAAAAUGGGAUUAGAUUCUUCAUAUAUUGCUCGUUCUCCAUCCCUCAUUGGAUUCAGCUUUGAGAAAAGGGUUGUACCACGGUGUUCUGUUAUACAAGUUCUUCUGUCAAAAGGUCUAGUCACGUCGACAAGCUUAUCAUCACGGUUGAAUAUAACUGAAGAGGUUUUCUUGUGUAGGUUUGUGAUACCCUACCAAAAAGAAAUCCCACAUUUGUUGAAGUUAUAUCAAAAGAAGUUGAAUGAUCCUAACUGAGGAGGAGCUUAGACCCUGCUGAUGCAUCAAAAUGCAUAAGGAGACUGAACAUUUAAAAUCUCUGUUGCAGAUCAUAAACUAUUUAUCAAGACUGGGUUUUGCAGUUAAUCGACGCUGAGAUUCUCUUAGUAGAACGCCAACAAAUUCAGCUUUAGAACUACCAAGAUUUAUUGACUUCGAAAAUGGUGAGGGAAAUAAUUGAGAUUUAGGACCCUUACCAAUUACCAUGAGGUUGCUGGUUUCCUCUUGCUUUUUAAAGCAGAACAUGGUGAGGGUCGGCAGAUUUAUUUUUUGUAGCAUCAAUUAUGAAUGGAAGAUUAAUUUAAUGUAAAAGAGCUUAAGAUUUCACUGCUCCUAACAAAUUAUGAUGGCUUCUUUUAUUGAGUUUAUUCAUGGAAUAAUGCAUUUUUUGGUC